AUGACCAGGCUUGUUUCCCAGGCGGCCAGCAGAGAGCUUUAUGCGCGACCCCCUGGCUCUCUCAUAGCGAUGAUUAAGAACAUGCAUCGGCAGCCCUUAUGCGCCCCCCUGCUGCUACCAGCAUACAUAAAUGUCUUGAACUAUGCAGGGAAACGAACGGUAAAAUCAACUGAACGGCGAGGAUACACCGGAGUAUCUCCAUCUUCUUGCGUCUAUCCGUUUGCUCAAUGCAUGUUACAGGCGCAGCGUCCCGCGCAUCAUCAGGCGGUCCUCUUACUGCAUGCAGCGGGAAGACUGUCUUUGCCCUGGAUGUAUCCAUGCUUGGGAAUCGGCCUGCGUCAGAAAAGUGUCGACUGGGAGGUCAGGCCGUUGCCCAAGUGGCUUGAUUUCUGGGGGUCAAUCAACUUUGUCGAUCUUGUCGCUAGUGAAGGAUGGAACCAUGGCCUCGACUAG